AUGCUAGAAAAAAGAGAAGAAACUUCAUUUAUUUAUUUAAAAAAGGAUAUUAAUUUUUAUCCAUCGCUAAAGCGACUUUCGAAGAUGUCGAAAUCGAGACGAGUUUUUCUAUCCAUCCAAGGUGACGACGACUUUUGGGGGAAUGGCGAUCAACUUGAGGGCAAAACGUUAUCUUCCAUUAAACAACAAGAGUCUAAAAAAAUGGACGAUAGUGUCGAGGGAAUGGAGGAGGAAAAAUAUUUUUUUAGACAAAGCAAAUUGGGUCGUCAAAACUUGGAACGUCUUCACGAAAAGGAGGAGCAAGAAUGUGAAGAAGAGAGAUUGGAUUGGAGUGAGAAAGUUGAUUCAGAAGAAGAAGAAGAGGAUAUUCAGGAGCAGGAUGAAAUAAUAACAGAAGGCAAAGAAACGGAGAUGUUCGAUUCGGGUCCAGAAACAGAUCAAAAGAUGCCUGUUGACCCAAAUGAAGGAUUCUACAACAACUACCGUAGCUACUUCUCUGGUCGUCCAGAAAUGCUGUUCCUGAUUCGGAGUAUUGAUGAAAGUGCAACUGAUUAUUAUGAAAAACCGUUCAUCGAUUUGUACGAAACAACUAGGAAAAGACUAGAGAUGUAUCCCAACACUGAGCUCAAUCAGAUUCUCCGUUGUGCAUGCAAUCCGAAUGCUGGCGGUGGUGCAGACUAUCGGGUUCGCAACAAACAUGCAGUUGUUGUUUCCAACUUCCGAGAGCCAGAUCGACGUCUUGGUCGUUACUCGAAGUAUUAUUAUCACCACAAUGUUGGUCCCGAGGUGUACAGUCGGAAAGUUUUUGUUGGAGGUCUGCCUGCGUGUGUGAAAGAGAUGGACAUUCUUCAUUUCUUCUCCCGAUACGGUCGUCUACAGGUGGAUUGGCCAUCGAAACACUACGGAUGUAAAUCCGAUUCUGAUCCUUCCGUAUACAACGAACCAAGUUUCACACCGCCAACAUCACAUCUCGGAUUGUCAUCACCUCCAUUUGGUCAAAUUAAUCCAUUCAUGACUGAUUGUCCACCAGCUCCAUCUGAUCUUCAAAUGAGUCGCCAUGGAUCAGUUGAUGGUGGAGGAGGAGGAUUCCCAACCCACGGAAUGUCGAUGCGGAACAUUGGAUUCGGUGGCGGCAGUGGACCGAGGAGUACUGGAGAAGGAGAGAAAAAGCAACAACAUCUAGGAUACGUGUUCCUUCUCUUUGAAAAGGAACGUAGUGUCCGUGACCUAGUCACUGAAUGUUUCGAAGAAGAGGAAGGACUAUUCAUUAUCCUGGAGAGUGCCAUUGAACCGAUUCGUGUCCAGAUUCGUCCCUGGUUGUUAGCUGAUGCUGAGUUCCUUAUGGAUUUCAAUGUUCCCAUCAACACAAAAAUGGUUGCAUUCAUCGGAGGAGUUCCUAGACCAUUGAAGGCUGUCGAGUUGGCUCAUUUCUUCGAGCAAACCUAUGGUAAUGUAGUGUGCGUUGGAAUUGACAUUGAUAACAAAUUCAAGUAUCCACGUGGAUCUGGUCGUGUGGCUUUUUCGAAUUACCAUGCCUACGUUCAGGCGAUUACGGAUCGAUACAUAGUUUUGGACCACGAGGAUAUUCACAAAAGAGUGGAAAUCAAACCAUACUUCUUUCAUAACCAAUCGUGUGAAGAAUGCUCUAGCCGUUAUCACCGUCAAUAUGCUCCAUUCUUUUGUCCAUCACUUGAGUGUUUUCAGUACUACUGUGAACCGUGUUGGCACAAAAUGCAUGCACGUCCCAGCCGUUUCCAUCAUAUGCCGGUUGUCAAAGGAAUUUGA